AUGGAUACAAAUAUUCAGCGGGCGCUGAAUGACAAGCUAUAUGAUAAGCGUAAAGUUGGGGCACUCGAACUUGAGAAGAUAAUACGAGACCUUGUUGCUUCCGGAUCGUUCGAGCGCAUUAAAGAUAUCCUUGACCAAUUGUGUAAUGAAUAUGCUUAUGCGGUUCAUCAACCACAUGCUCGAAACGGAGGCUUGAUUGGCCUGGCCGCAGCAGCGAUCGCGCUUGGCACGGCACUUCCUGACUAUCUUGUAAACAUUGUUCCUCCUGUACUUGCCUGCUUCACUGAUCAGGAUGCGAGAGUCCGAUACUAUGCAUGCGAGGCGAUGUACAAUAUAGCCAAGGUAGCUAAGGGCGAGAUAUUGACUUAUUUUAACAGUAUAUUCGAUCAGCUAUGUAAACUUGGAGCGGAUUCAGAAUUGUCUGUCAAAAACGGAGCCGAGUUACUGGAUCGGCUUAUAAAGGAUAUUGUAUCCGAGUCUGCUGCGUCCUACAUUUCAGUCUUGGAAACUUCUUCGAGCGUCGGAGAUAAUACAGCUACGGAUGAGCAUCAGCAAAACUUACCGACGGCUUUUUCAUUACAGCGCUUUAUCCCACUACUCAAAGAACGAAUUCACGUCAUCAACCCUUUCACUCGACAGUUUCUCGUUGGCUGGAUUACACUUCUAGACUCAAUCCCAGAUCUAGAGUUGGUAACUUAUCUCCCGGAAUUUCUUGGCGGGAUCCUCAAAUUCCUGAGCGAUCAAAAUGUCGAUGUUCGUGUGGCUACACAAACUUGCCUUGACAAGUUUCUCAACGAAAUUAAGAGAAUCUCCCAAGUCAAAAGAGGACUGGUUGAGAACAAGAGAUUCAAAGAAGGCGGUAAAAGAAAGCGUCAGGAAUCUAUGGAUAGCGCGGGCGGUCGCCCUCAACUGGAUGAAGGAGAUGAGCUGGACUCUGAUGCUCUAAAUGACGAUGAUGAGGACAGCCUGGAAGAGGACUGGAUCCCUGGCCAGGAUGUGGAAAUCAACUACAAAGAAAUUCUGGAUAUUCUUACAGCUACUCUUGAUUCUCCCUUGGAGGAGGACUGCCUACUCGAAUCGCUCAGAUGGAUUGUUGAGUUUCUCGAUAUCUGCCCUGAAGAAGUGCUGCCUUUCACACCCAAGAUCUUGGCUCAUAUGCUCCCAGCAAUGGCCAGUACCAAGGAGACUAUUCGCCUUGCGGCGACUAGAGUCAACACUUGUCUCAUGGACUAUGUUGUAUCUUUGUCAGAUGAAUCCGAUGUCAAUGCAACGCAGGCAGCAGCUUCGAACGUUCGGCUAUCUUUGUCACAAGAAAAGCAGGAUAGCAGCAGCGUCGGUCGAACAUCGCUAUCGAAUUCCAGGGAUAUUGAAAUCCGUAGCUCAACGCCGGGAAGUGGCCGGGUGUCUUCCACUGCAGUCGCCACGUCUGAUGCAAACCAAAUCCAAACCAACCUCGACUAUACCGCUGCUGUUAAUUCGCUUACCUUGCUUUUCUUGAACGACCACGAAGCUACACGUGUAGCUGCCCUAACUUGGCUCAUCAUGCUGCACAGAAAGGCCCCGCGCAAGGUAUUGGCCUUCAACGACGGCACCUUCCCAGCACUUCUGAAGACCCUCUCAGACCCUUCAGAUGCUGUUGUCACUAGAGAUUUACAAUUGCUGUCUCAAAUUUCUCGCAAUAGUGAAGACGAUUACUUCGCUAGCUUCAUGGUUAACUUACUGCAGCUAUUUUCCACAGACCGUAAAUUAUUGGAAACUCGGGGGAAUCUUAUCAUUCGGCAGCUCUGCAUCAGCCUCAGCCCAGAGCGCAUAUACCGAACGCUAGCCGAUUGCAUCGAAAAGGAAGAAGAUGUUGAAUUUGCUAGCAUAAUGGUGCAGAAUCUCAAUAACAACUUGAUCACUGCACCUCAAUUAGCAGAAGUCCGCAAGCGGCUGAGAAACUUAGAAACAAAGGAUGGUCAGACUUUAUUUGUGGCUCUAUUCCGGUCAUGGUGCUACAACGCAGUUGCAACAUUCUCUCUGUGCCUCCUUUCCCAGGCUUAUGAGCAGGCAUACAAUCUGUUACAAAUAUUUGGAGAAUUAGACAUGACAGUCAACAUGCUGAUCCAAGUCGACAAGCUUGUUCAGCUCAUUGAAUCGCCCAAAAAAAUAGAUCUGCGUCUGCAACUACUAGAGCCUGAGAAAUACCCGUUCCUCUACAAAUGCAUGUAUGGGAUUCUCAUGCUUUUGCCGCAGUCAUCUGCGUUUGCUGCAUUGAAAAAUCGACUCAACAGUGUCAGCUCAAUAGGGUACCUGCAAAUUGCCCCACGAAGUGUAGCAGGUGCUCCGACGUCGUCAAACUAUGACCGACCAAACAGACUGAAGGGGCGAGAAGAAGGAGCAAUACGAUGGGUUGAACUUCUGGAAAAAUUUCGCAGCGUUCAAGAGAGGGCAAGAAGAAGUCAACGACAUAGUGUUGACAUUGAAGACACGUUCUCGGUUGGGGUCAGCGAAUUCCGCAUAGGAGAAGCAUCACCGGAGGGUAAAAACAGAGACAACACUCGAGCAGGGCCUUCUGGGCCGCCUGUGCCAACGAAAGACCAGGCUCCGGUAAUAUCCCCUCCACCUGUCAAAAAAUCAGGACUUGGAAGGCAAUUUGGGAGAUUAGGGGGCGCCGUGUCAGGCAAGUCCCGUCGAAACCAGUAG